AUGACAAGUAAAGUGUCACGUGAUACUUUGUACGACUGUGUUCGUACAAUGUUGGAGCAUUCUCAACAAAAGAAAAGAAAAUUUCUUGAGACUGUUGAACUCCAGAUUGUUCUCAAAAAUUAUGAUCCUCAAAAAGAUAAACGUUUCAGUGGUACUGUGAAAUUGCGUCAUAUUCCACGGCCCAAAAUGAAGGUAUGUGUAUUAGGAGAUGCUUCUCAUUGUGAUGAGGCUAAAGAUGCCGGCAUCCCUUGCAUGGAUGGAGCAUUGAAGAAACUAAAUAAAGACAAAAAAACAAGUUAAGAAAUUGGCCAAAAAUAUGAUGCAUUCCUGGCCUCUGACAGUUUGAUCAAGCAAAUCCCACGUCUCUUGGGACCUGGUCUGAGUAAAGCUGGCAAAUUCCCCACAUUAGUGACACACAGUGAAAGUCUUACUCAAAAAGUAGAUGAAGUAAAAGCCACAUUUAGAUUUCAAAUGAAGAAGGUUCUUUGCUUGGCUGUUGCUAUUGGUAAUGUGGGUAGGAAUGAAGAUGAGUUAGCCUCUAAUAUCACACUUGGUAUCAAUUUUUUGGUCUCCUUGCUGAAGAAAAAUUGGCAGAAUGUGCGAGCAUUGUACAUUAAGUCUACAAUGGGUCCACCACAGCAACCU